GGUCCCAUCAGCCGUGCCAGCGUCGUUGAAGAGGAGAAGGGCCGCUGGGUCCGUGGGCCGGAGGGGCAGGGCAGUGCAUCCUCCUUGUCUAGAGUCGGGCUCAGCAAGCUGGCUGGCUGACUGGGGGGAGCAUGUGAUCUCCGAGAGACCGAGUUUGCAGUGCCGUGGUGUGGCCGGAGCGGGAAGCGCCAUGGAGGCUCGUGCGGCUCGCUGAGAGGCGGACUGCGCUGCGCUGCGGCUGGGCUCGGCUCGGCUCCGCUCUCGGGGCGUCGGGCCACCCGGGAAGGAAACCACCCGGCCGCCUUCCCGCGGCGCGAAGGAGCCGAGAGAGAGCAGAGCACAGCAGAGCCGGGGGCUAGCAGUACAAAAUAAGAGGCAAACCUCAGCAGUGCUCCCCAUUUCUUGACACCAGAGCUGGAAACGACCAUUUUCAGAAAUAAAACUUUGGUGCAGCAGUGUGUGGAUAACAAUAAAAGGACUGCCUGAUUCUUGAGGAAAAGACAAGAAGAAGACGGGCAAAUUCCAGCCCUUCAAGAAGUUGUUUGGCAGAAGAAAAAAGAAAGAAGCUCCCUUGUCCCGGGAGGUUUCUGUGGCAAAACAGAAUUCCACAUUCCCCAAUGCCUGCAAUGGUGCCUUCUCUUCAGAUGAGGAGAUCCUGGAUGAUUCUCUAAGGUCCUUCAACUAUACUAUGGGAACUCGGGCGUUUUCCCAUGACAGUAUUUUUAUCCCUGAUGGGGGAGCAGAAAGUGAGCAGACAGUUCAAGCAUUAUCACAGGACAACAUUCUGGGCAAAGUCAAAACUCAUCAGCCACAGUUGGGCAAGAACAUAAAGUUUGGGCGGUCCCCACCACCCACAUCCCUUCCUAUGAAGAGGACGGAGACUCCCAGUCGGGAGGCUAGCUUAGACGAGGAUCUGUUCCUGAGUAGUCCCAUGGAAAUUGUGACCCACCAGGAUUUAGUGCCCUCCGAUAGCGAGAAUAAAUCCAGUGAUACUCCAACUUCCUUAAGCCCUUUGAAUUUACCUGGAACAGGGAGUGAAAUGGAGGAGAAGGUUGCUCCAGUUAAAUCAUCUCGGCCAAAGCAACAUUUCUCCUCUGCUGGCACCAUCGAAAGCGUUAACCUGGAUGCCAUCCCUCGGGCCAUUGCACGCCUGGACAACAGUGCAGCCAAGCACAAACUGUCUGUGAAGCCAAAGAACCAAAGGGUGUCCAAGAAGCACAGGAGGUUGUCCAAAGACCAACAAAACGAUCAAGAAAGCUUUGAGAGUCAGCUGUCACUAGACCAGAAUGGACACUCUGGAGAAGAAAAACAAACUUGGCAUGAAGAGGAACUCAAACCACUUGAUUCAGAAGAAGAGAAAAGACAGCAAGAGGAAUAUUGGAGAAAUCUUGAGGCUGAAUAUAGAAGACAAAAGGAAGAGAAGAAACGACUAGAAGAGCAAAGGCUUCAUGAAGUAGAGAGAAGGCUUUGGGAAGAGACUCGAAAAGCACUUCUGGAGGAGGAAGAGGAGGAAGAGGAGGAAGAGGAAGAAGAGGAAGAAGAGGAAGAAGAGGAAGAAACAGAGAAACAGGAGCAUCCGGAAAGGCAGAGGCCACAGGAAGAGGAGAGGGCAAAGCCUGAAGAACAGAAUUGGCAAGAGCUAGAGGAAAACAGACAAAAAGAGGCAAAACAGAAGGAGCUAGAGGAGGAAACUAGCUUGGAGGAGGUGGAGGAACAACCAUGUGGGCAGCAAGAGGCCAAGAAGCUGCUGGAGGAGGCACUACAAGAGAAGAGGAAGAAAGAGAUUGAGAAACAGCAUCAGGAGGAGGAAGCCAAGCUACUGGAGGAGCUCAAGAGACAAGAGGAGACAGAGGAACAGAGGCAGAGAGAGGCUGAAAAGCAGAGACGGGAAGAUGAAGUAAAGCUACUAGAAGAGCUUGAGGAACAAGACUUGGGGAUAGAAGAACAGAGCAGGCAAGAGAUGGAAAAGCACCUUCAGACAGAAGAGAGGGAAGAGGAGGAGCAGCCGCAGCGGCAGCAAUGGGAGAAAGCGGGGAAGCACUCAGAGACAUCCCAGGAGCAGAGCAUCCAAGGGCUUCAGCUGCAUCACCAGGGCCAGGAGGCACAGAAGCCACCUGAGUCCGGAGAGGAAAGGCACCUGCAGAGCCCAGCCCGGGGCCACUCCAAAAACCUAGAGGAACAAAAAUGCCCCCAGCAUGAAAGCCACAAGAGAAACUUAAGGGAACUUCAGCUUGUAGAAAAGCUAAAUCCCCAGGCAGAGGAGGCGAGGGAGGGGCAGCAGACAGUGUCGGAUGGUCAUAGAGGUGCUCCUCUGCUUCAGGAAGAAAGAGAAGGGGCUCAACAGGGACAUCCCCAGAAAGAAAAGAGGCGGCCAGAAGCUGAGCUGGCCCAGGCCGAGAAGAGAGAAACUGUCCCCCUGAAGAACGACCAGAUGGGGGAGGAACUGAGAUGGCAAGAAGUUGAGGAAAGGCAGACUAUGCCCAGACCAUAUACAUUCCAAGUGUCAUCAGGAGGAAAGCAAAUCCUGUUUCCCAAAGUCAAUCUGAGUCCAGUUACCCUCGGGAAGGAGUCGGGGCUUCCAUCCACGUCACAGGAGGCCACAGCCAGUAAGUCCAGUAAGGCCUCCCACCCUCUCCCUUCUUCUCUAAGCAUUCCCCACACGGCGAUCCUGGUCACGGGAGCACAGUUGUGUGGCCCAGCUGUCAACCUGAACCAGAUCAAGGACCCAGCUUGCAAGACUUUACUGGGUUUGUCAGAAGAAAAAAAGCACAUGGACAUUCCUGCUUUGGAAAAUGCUCCACGAGGCACUCAGGAGACACGGGCAGCCAGCAGCAAGGCCAAGUUUCCUCAGGAGUCUUCGAGCAGUAAGGCUGCCCUAGCUGAGUGGGAAUCUAUUCGUUCUAGAAUCCUAAAGAAUACUGAUAGUGGCCAAGUCAAUGAGAGGGACCUGUUACGGCACAGUGGCGAAAGUACAACCAAAGGUAGGGGUGAUUCCCGGGGAAACCUGAGGAAAACCUUAUCAGCCAACGCAAAAUUCUCCAUCAUGCCUGCUUGGCAGAAAUUCUCUGACGGCGGCCUUGAAGGCCAAAAGCAGAAUGCAGAAAACCUUAGGAAUAAGUCUGGGCUGGGCCCCAGCGAAAGAGCAGAGGUCCAGCCUCCUGCUGGUGGUAAUAGUGGACACCAAAAAACUCCAGAGAGAACUGGGAUGCAGCAGGAGCCCACCAACAUUGCAGAGGGAUAUAAAUUUGCCAAAGACCUUCCAUCUUUCCUUGUUCCAAGUUCACCUCUUGCUCCACAGAAAGCCCUGGUCCAGCUAGACUUGGCAACUCCCUCUGAAAGUGAGACCAGCAACGUGGGGAAAGCAGAGGAUGGCGUACCAAGCGGGGAGGAGAGCACAUCACCUUUUGGGAUAAAGCUGAGAAGGACCAACUACUCCUUGCGUUUUCACUAUGACCAGCAAGCGGAACAAUCAAAGAAAAAGAAGAGGCAUAGCACAGGGGACAAUUUGGAUGGGGUAGCGUCUGUGCUGAAGAGUAAAGAGGGGGAGAAAGAAACUAUCAUUAUCAAAAGCACCACAUCACCUACCCAAGAGACAAAGAAUGAGCCACUGGGUUCAAAAGACUCUCUAGAUGGCCUUCCUAACCUUGGGCAUCACCCAGCUCAGCCAGCACCCCUGCUCCCCAGUAACCACAUUCCUUCUUUAGAUCAUGACAAGCCAGGGGCUAAAUCACCACUGCCGCAGAAGCCAGCCCUAGCCCCCAAACCCACCAAUCAGACCCCACCAUCCUCUCCCCUUUCCAAAAUGGGAAGGCCGUUCUUGGCUGAGCUACUAACUAGGCGGGCAGUAAAACCAGACCAGGAUCCCAGCGAGAAGCUAAAUGGGGGUGAACUUCUGCUACCACCUGUGCCCCACACUGAGAAGAGAAAGGAAGAGGAGACAGCAGAAAAGAAAUUCCCUUCUCCAUUUGUCUCUGUCUCCCAACAAGAGAAACUUGACAAAACCCUCGAGAGUGGGAGAAAAGAAAAGCCAGUGCUUCAGAGCUGGCACUCUUUAGAAGGCUCGAAAUCAGCGGAAAAAACUGAGACUGCCCAGCCACAGUGGGUUACAUUAGCACUACAAAAGCAAAAGGGAUUCAGGGAACAGCAGGCUACCAGAGAGGAAAGAAAACAAGCCAGGGAGGCCAAACAAGCUGAAAGGGUCUCUAAAAACAAUGCUGGAGUCAGCCAGCAGCCUGAAAGCGGCACUGUUAGCAGAAUAGGUUCCUUCCAUAAAUCUACCGCUCAGGAAGAUGAGAAGAAGACUGAGACGGCUGUUUCCAGACUAGAGCGGAGAGAGCAACUGAAGAAGUCCAACACUCUUCCUACGUCUGUGACAGUGGACAUCUCAGAUUCUGCUAUGCCUGCAUCACUGGUGAAAGAAGUCCCAAAGAGAUUCUCCACACCAGACGCUGCUCCAGUGUCAACAGAACCAGCCUGGCUGGCCUUGGCCAAAAGGAAAGCAAAGGCUUGGAGUGACUGUCCCCAGAUUAUUAAGUAGUCACUUGUGCUUAUCCGUAUCACUGACAGCUCCUCCUUUGCCCUUUUUAUUUAUUUAUUUUUUUACAUGGGGUGAAGAACUUGAGCAGGAAAAGAAGCAUGUCCUCUGGGGUCCAAAAUAACUAUUAGAAAUUGAACUGUUUGUUUCUUUAUGUAAUUCACUAUUAAACAAAGCAUUUGCACAACUGUAGGGGUUAAAGCCCUGGGAGCCUCUCGUUUUUGAAAACAAACUCUAUCCAUGGGGCGAUAGGUAGAGCUCCGGGCCAAUUCCCUCUGCCUAUCUCUCUCCUACUACCCUACCUUUCCCAAGAACAUACACUUUAGCAACUUUUUGAUGUUUAUUUUCACUUCUCAGAUGACCCUUUAAAAUGAAUAUGAAACUGUACUAGAGCUUGGGAGGGUACAUAUCUUGUCUAUAGGUGAUAAGAGGGUCGUAUAUACAUAGAAAGGGAUAUCUUUCCCUAAGGUUCCAGAUGUGGAGUGGAGCAACCAGGACUGGUGUGGCUCCAAAGCCCAUUCCUUUACUUCACAUCUCACCAACUUGAGUUUGGAGAAAAUUCCCUAUUCUUAGGCCUGAAUCUUAUUUUCAUGAAUCUUUCUUUCUACAAAUGAAGCUAUCAAGCAGGCUAAGCCCAUUCAAACAUCAAAAACAUGCUCCGCUCCACCCCACCCCACCCCAUUCCUCUUCAAACCACCUGCCCUUGCGAACACACUGAUUUAAUAAGUUCCCUAUGAAGAUAGGGAAGCAGACCAGAGAAGCAAAAUACCUCCAAAAAUUAGCCCAAAGCAGCCUUUUAAAUUUGGGGCCUAGGGAAGAAGAGCUGUUCUAAUUAUACUCAUCCAAAAACUAUCAUGGCCUUGACAAACAAUCUUGGGCAAGUUACUUCACUAGGCUUUCAAUAAGGCUUCCUUAUCUGUAAAAUGAGAAGAAUUGGACUCCAUCUCUAGGGAACUUGUUUAAGACCCUAUGCCCCUGACACUUAGGGACCUCCUCAAGAACUAUUGACUAAAAUAAGAUUCCUAAGUUAGCCAGUGAAAUUUGGAGUCACUCAAUAGAAUAUAAAUUUCAAAGAUUUAUACCCUGCAAGCUUAGGAAAAAAAAAUCUUACAGACUAAAGUUCAUUUUACAGGCUUUGUUUUUCACUCCUAAAUGCAUUAACAAAAAAAAAGGAGUUGGUGGUCUCAAAGUCAGUGAUGUUAUGGGUUGUUUGUUUUUUUUAAACUGCUUUUGCAUCUUACUGCAUACCAAAAAGGUCAAAAUUUUGCCACCAUUUUCAAUAUAUGGUACCUACCUAUUCCCUUUACCUUCAGAAACAUGUGACAGGAUUCCCCUUCCAACAAAAACUGUCAUUAGCAUUUAUCAUUACUUUCUUUCAUGCUUACUCAGUAUGCAGUGUAUGAUCAUCGUACCCUUCAGUCUCAAAGACAGAAGCAAAGUUAUUUACCAACUAGCUAGCAUUCUCCUUUCUUCGGUUGUGGCAACUGACAUGUGUCUGGUAAAAUGAAGUAGCUAUGUUCUUACAGGUUAGGUUUAUUCUCAUACAAACUGGACCAUCAGGUAGUUAGUCAUUCUGAAUUUAAAGGUGCACAACAUAAGAAGCAGUUGAUAUUUCUCUGCAUGUUCUUAAUCCUGAUGUCCAUGUUUAAAAAUUGUUGAUGAAUGCAUAUGUUGAUUUCAAUGGUUUACCCACUAAUGUAAUGUUUCUUAAUGAAAAUCUCCAUUUAGGGCCCUGGAAUUCUACAAUUACACUAAUUCCUACACUAAAGUGGUGUUCUUUUUCCUCCAGUUUAUAGGCAUAAAAGUCACUUUGGUAAGGGAAAGAGGCACAAGUCAUUACAAGAAAUGUCAGGAAGUUCUUACUGUUUCAAAAGCUUAGGACAAAACUGAGUUGUCAAAAAUCACCAAAAUAAAAAGGAUUGCUAAACUACAUGGACCCUAUUUUAAAAAGAAAAAUAAUCUGGUAAACAACUUCUAAUCAGAGUCUAAGAAAAAGAGGGUAAAUUGAUGUCAUUCACAGUACUUGCUUUGAACAAUUUAAAAGUGUACAUGUUUAACAUCUCAUGUAAAAAUCACUCCAAAUUUGCACUAAAUACCAAUGAAGUGUUACUUUGCUUUACUUUUGUUGUAGUCGUUUUUGAUCAACAGUUGGGAAUUAUGUUUGGGGUUUUUUAAGUUACUGAUGAAUCUCUUCAAGUCAGUAAAAAUGUUUAAAAAAUUGAUGACCACUAUGUUGGAAUAUACUGGGGGGUGUGUGUAUGGUGGGUUUUUUUUUAUAUACCUUUAACCAUUUACAUAUUCUUCUUUUGACAAGAUUAUAUCAUUAACUUGUUCAUAGAAUUGUGUAUAAAAUUAGAAAACAUGUGUAUAACUGAGUUUUGUUUACUUUUUUAAAUUUUCAAGUACAAUUGUUUCUUAUACACCUUCAUUAAUUCCUACUAAAUUAUAAUCCAGUCAGUUAUCAGCAAUGUACAGUAUGAAUUGUAUCUCUUAUUUACUUUCAAUUAUUUCAAAGCAAAAACUUUAGAAGCUACAGGUGCCCUGCAAUAUUUUUACCAACAAUAAAAUCAAGUCAAGAGAUGAUGAGAAGAUACAUUACUG